UCUAUUUUCUCUUACAAUCAUCUACCUUAAAUUACAGACCUAGUUCGAAGAAAAAUUAUUCACGCCAUGGCGGAUGAGGGUAAGCAGACUGUGAAACGAGUGUGUGUGACUGGAGCUUCAGGAUACAUUGGAUCAUGGCUGGUGAAAAAUCUUCUGCAAAAGGGUUACACAGUGAACGCCACUGUUAGAGAUCCAGGAGACGAGAGAAAAUGUCGGCCUUUGUUGAAUCUGGCAGGAGCACAGGACGGGCUUAAGCUUUUCCAAGCUGAUCUGCUGGAAGAGGGAAGCUUUGAUUCUGCAGUGGAGGGUUGUGAAGGAGUUUUUCAUGUAGCCGGUCCUAUGGGUGGCGCCUCACCUGAAGAUUUCAUUAUGUCUACUGUAAAUGGAAUACUUAAUGUGUUGAAAGCAUGCACGAGAGCCAAAUCUGUUAGGAGAGUGAUUUUCACUUCAUCUGUUUGUGCUACUUGUCCAUUGAAUGACAAGGGGGAAUUAAAUCAUUCAUACAUUGAUGAAACAUGUUGGAGCUCUCUAAAUUUCCUUAAAACACAAGUACAUGGUGCAACUUGGUAUAUGACUGCAAAGACAUUAGCAGAACAGGAAGCAAUUAAUUAUGGUGCCAAAUAUAAUCUUGAGGUGAUAACAGUGCAACUAGCUUUUGUCAUUGGGCCUUGGUUUACAAACAAAAAUGAUUUAACAUCUUUCCAAGUAAUAUCUGCCCUAACUGGAGGAGAUGAUAUAUACUAUGGAGCACUUAAGUAUAUGCAAUCUGUAUUGGGCUCCAUUCCAAUAGUUCAUAUUGAUGAUGCAUGCGAUGCGCAUAUAUUUUUGAUGGAACAUCCUAAUGCACAAGGCCGUCAUGUUUGUUCUGUUGAUUCUAGAACUCUCAAGUCUCUCAAAGAUGUUCUUGCUAAACAAUUAAAGAUUUCACUGAAGUUUCAUGAGGAGGACUCAGUUAAAAAAUAUGUACCGUUUUCUUCCAAAAAAUUAUUGGAUAUGGGCUUCUCUUACAAACAUAGUUUGGAACAAGCUUUUGAAGAGGGCAUAGAAUGUGUCAAAAAGAAUAAGAUUUUGAAUUAA